AUGAACGGCGCACAGGUGGUCGACGCAGCUCAACAGGCCGCGCUUUCUACGGUAGAGAAAGCAGGAGAGUCAUCCAAGAGCUCAAAUGGGUCUGCAGGAGGCAAAGGAAAGGGCUCAGCCUCGCGAUCAGGCAAAGCUUCUGAGCAAAACCGUGCUUCCAGCUCGAAAUCGACAAAAAAUCGCUAUCGUACCGGAACAUCCGACGACGGUAUCUACAUUGAUCUCACUGGCGAGGGCUCAGAUAGGGAAGCAAAGUCCGAUAGGAUAGACGAUGGGACAAACGGCGACGGCGAUCACGACGCCGAAGAUGAGCAGGAAGAGGAAGGUGCAUAUACGCAAGAGGCAGAAACUGGUGAAAUGAGCUUCGUUAUCGACACGGCUGGUGAUAUGGACGUCGACCGAGAGAUUGCCUUGGAAGAUGAAGCAAAGGCCGAUCGAGCAGAGACACACGUAGAAGCAGGUCUGCUGCUCCCAAGUCACAUUAGUGUCAUCCCACAAACUAGCGGCAACGCUGCUGCCACUCAGCCGAACGGCAGAACUACGACCCCAUCACGAGAUGUUGCAGCCGACGACCUGAUUGAUGCAGAUAAUGAUGACCUCGAAGGCGACAUGGGCGAUUUUGAACAACUCGACAUGGAUCCCUCGACAGCGAAUCGUUACUACGGCGCAGAGGAGAAAGCCGAACGGAGGGCGAAGGAACAGUGUCUUGCAUGUGGCGAACUCGGACACGAUCGACGCCAUUGCCCUCAUCAGCACUGUCUAGCAUGCGGUGCCAUGGACGACCAUCCUACACGCUUCUGCCCCAUGUCGACGAGCUGUUUCCGCUGCGGUGGUAUGGGUCAUCAGACAAGGACCUGCCCGAAACCGCGGCGCGGACCUCGAAGCGAAGAAUGCGAGCGCUGCGGAUCGUACAGCCACGUCAAGGCUUUGUGUCCUACCCUAUGGAGGGUGUACACCUACAGCACGCUGGACGACGUCGAUCGUCAUCGAGCAAAAGUGUUCUUCAAGUUGCAAAGUACCUCAAGCACUCGCGAUCCCAGACGCAAUUUGGACCCAGACCCGGAGGAGCUUUCGGAUUCCGAAGACGAGUUUGCCAAAGCCGGCGAACCGCAGCUGCCUACGCCUUCGGGCUCGGGUUCGCAGUUUGACCCGGCAACACGGUGGUGUUACAACUGCUCCACCUCGAGCAACCAUUGGGGUGACGACUGCCCGGAGCCGCGAUGCAAUCCGACACGAGGCACCAACGAGCCAUCCGCGUUCUCCGAAUUCGUAUCUCGUCUCGGACCGUUUGCCAAACUCCUUCCUGGUGCUCCGCCACUCGCAGGCUUUGAGAUGCCGUCUUCGCAAUUCACGUUUAGCGUCGGCAACAGCGCCACGAUGCACGUGUCUAGCGAUGCUAUUCCGAGUUCGUCUGGUCGAAGCACACCCAACAACAAGCGACUCGCUAUCGGCAAGCAUGUCUUGACAUCGCCGAGUUCGAGUCGAACAGCAUCGCCUCGGCCGGGAGAUAACGUCGUUUCGUUUGGUAGAACCAAGGCUGUUGCUGUGGAAGGAGGGUUCCUCACUCGUAAAGAGGCAAAGAAGAACAAGAAACCGCUGCCGGAGCAUCUGUUCAAACAGUGGUUGAGGGAGAGGCAGGAUCAUCCCGAGUAUGCGGACGAGAUCAGGGCGGUAUUGGAGGAGAAGGCCGACCUGGAAGCUAAAGGUUUGGAUACGAGAGGUGUCAAGAGUAUCAAGGAGAUCGUUGGUGGUGGCAAGCGGGGAGAUGGACCGAACAAGCGAAGAAAGGGGGAUACGUUCAGCGACCCGGUGGUGGUGGAUAGCGAUGAUGAUUUCAGGGAUGAUUUCGACAGCGAUUCCAGCGACGAUGAAGGCGGAUCGGGGCGGAAGAAGAGGCGGGGUGAUGGGAAGGGCUCGAGAGGGCAGAAGAAGAACACUGGGUGGGGUCACAAUGGAGAUAACAGAGGCAGCACCAGUAGCAGUAGCGGUUUCAAGGGUGGAAGGUUCUCAAACAAGCGGCAGGAUGACAGAGUCGACUUGAACAACUCUUGCGCGCAUUCUCGAGCGCGAAAGACCAUCGCGAACAUGCGCAAAUCACACGAAAAGAGGUGUCACAGACUUGAGAUGAACGACGGUGACGAAGAUAAAUUUGAUGCUGGUGCCUAUCGAAAAACUGUGUGUUGA